AGAAAAGAAGAAGAAGAAAAAAUAUGGAAAAAGAAGAGAAAGCGAAGAAGAAGAAAAAGAAGAUGGCUGCUGCUGCGAUGGAAGACGAAUUUGAAGAUGCCCCCGACGUGGAGCCGUUAGAACCGACUCUGAAGAAUAUAAUCGAGCAGAAAUCACUAAAAUGGAUUUUUGUCGGUGGGAAGGGUGGCGUCGGCAAAACCACAUGCAGCUGUAGUUUAGCUGUUCAGCUGACUGCUGUGAGGGAGAGCGUCCUCAUCAUAUCUACAGAUCCUGCCCAUAACAUCUCUGAUGCUUUUGACCAGAAGUUCUCAAAGGUGCCUACAAAAGUCAAGGGCUAUGACAACCUCUUUGCAAUGGAGAUCGACCCCAGCCUGGGUGUAGCAGAACUUCCUGACGAGUUCUUCGAGGAGGACAACAUGCUCAGCAUGGGCAAAAAGAUGAUGCAGGAGGCCAUGAGUGCGUUCCCUGGCAUCGACGAGGCCAUGAGUUAUGCAGAAGUCAUGAGGCUAGUGAAAGGGAUGAACUUUUCCGUUGUGGUUUUCGACACUGCCCCCACCGGCCACACACUGCGGCUGCUCAACUUCCCCACCAUCGUGGAGCGAGGCCUGGGUCGCCUCAUGAAGAUUAAAAACCAGAUCAGCCCCUUUAUCUCUCAGAUGUGCAACAUGCUUGGUCUAGGCGACAUGAACGCAGACCAGCUGGCUUCUAAGCUGGAGGAAACUCUGCCGGUGAUUCGCUCAGUUAGUGAGCAAUUCAAAGAUCCUGAACAGACCACCUUCAUCUGCGUGUGCAUCGCUGAGUUCCUGUCGCUGUACGAGACCGAGCGGCUGAUCCAGGAACUGGCCAAGUGUCGCAUCGACACUCACAACAUCAUCGUCAACCAGCUCGUUUUCCCCGACGGAGAGAAACCGUGUAAAAUGUGCGAAGCUCGUCAUAAAAUUCAGUCCAAGUAUUUAGAUCAGAUGGAAGACCUUUAUGAAGAUUUCCACAUAGUAAAGUUACCGCUGCUGCCGCACGAAGUUCGAGGCGUCGACAAGGUCAACACGUUCUCUAAGCAACUUCUGGAACCCUACAAACCCCCAAACAAGUGAACCCCUCCCUUUCUGCAGGACCUCCUCUCCUCCCCCACAAACAACACCUCAACUGUCCGAACGCUCCUCAUCGACCUUUCUUUCUCCCAGCCCGCCUCACCCCUCCCAGCCCGCCUCACCCCUCCCAGCAGCAUCUUCAACACAAUCCUCUCAGUCCUCUGAAGAAGACACGUCCACCUUCCUGUGUUGAAGAGGAGCUGAUGAGAACACACCUGCAUUGGGAUGAGACGGUCCAUACUUGCGCUGUCUCGCGUCGUCCUCUCUUGUCCUCAGUUGCUCCAGUCUUAAUGCGUUUAACUUGUUCUGAACAAACUCCUCGUCCUGUGCAGUUUACAGCCUGAAAUGUGACAACAGUGACCGUGCUGUGUAUCUACAGGACGAAGCCGCUCUCACGCGGUUGGUGUUAUCGCCUUGUUUAUUCUGUGAUUUGGUGGCUGUGUCAGUUCUCCACUUUGAGUUUUUGACUAAUUUUAAACUCCUUUACCUCGAGGAGUUCCGUUCAGAUAUGAGCUUUAACGAUGCGGGGAUUGGGGGAUGAAAUGUUAAAAAUAAAUUUGAGGUUCUGGGCGGUGUAAAAUCUUUACGAAGAUCAUUCUGUUUUCAUUAAAGACGGUAACAUCAUUUACCAUCACAUUCAGUGCUGACGUGGUUCUGGUGUCGCUUGGAUUUAAACAGAUCUGAAUCCAAAUGUGGUUAUGUUAAAGCAUCAAAGCCUUCAUCAAAUAUUUUGUACCACUCUUGCUUUGUUGGCGACCGUACCAGUUUUGACUCGAGGUUAAUUUAAGAUGUUUUAACGAGUGGAAGCUGAAAGUGUUGUGAUGCUACAGAGCUCAAGGUUAAAACUCAUAAACGGUUUUUUAGCCUCUUACCCUUUUGGGAACGCUAACGAAGGGCAGUUGUAUCUUCAUUUAGCUAACUGAAGUGCGUAUGGAUUGUUUUUUUCAUCUAAUUUAUGAGCAAAUGAUUGUAAACAUCUUUACAUUUUCUGAUCGAUCGAUCGAUACGCAGGUAGAAAACCUGUUCAAGCAUCUUCAUGUCAAAUCCUAACAUCCCUGCUCUGUUACUGAAUGCUUUGAGUCUAUCUGUUUUCUAUAGAUUUUAUUUAAAUUAU